UCCAAUUUUUUUUUCUAUAAUAGUUACCACUUGCUUAAGACGACAUAGAUUCACUUUUUCUCGGUAAUAGUAAAUUACGGUGGUGUGAGACUAACUAGCCGAUCGUAGAAGAAGAAGAAGGAAGAUAGGUGGACGACUUAGACGUUUGCGAAUCAAUAAUUGAGUGCGCAAUUAAUGGAGAAUCAUUCAGACUCUGAGAGGACAGAGAUUUGGAGCGACGAUUGGGAUUCUCCUCCUGCUGCUGCGGUGGAAGGCACUAGAAAGGAGAAGGAAGGUUCCACGUCUUGUAAAUUACAGUGCGCGCAAACAAUGGAGGAUCAUUUAGACACUGAGAGUACAGAGAUUUUGGGCGAUUGGGAUUCUCCUCCCCCUCCUGCUACGGUGGAAGGCACUAGAAAGGAGACAGGAGGUUCCACGUCUUGUGCUGCUAGAGUAGGAGGCAGGGUGCUGCCACCGUGGGCUCACCCAUCGUUCGAAUGGGGUGGUGGUAAAUGGAAAGUGGACGGAAGAAAAAUCAGAAAGAAGACCAAAGAGAAGGAGAAGGAGAAGGAGAAGGAGAAGGAGAAGGAGAAGGAGAAGGAGAAGGAGAAGGAGAAGGAGAAGGAGAAGGAGAAGGAGAAGGAGAAAGAGAAAGAGAAAGAGAAAGACAAAGAGAAAGACAAAGACAAAGAGAAAGACAAAGAGAAAGAGAGCCUGAGCCUUGAGGAUCUCAUGAAUGAGUAUUCUUCUCUACCUCCUCAAAUCGCUGAAUGGUAUUGGUGUAUCGAAUACGUUGCCAAAUUCCACAAGGACCUUCCCUGCAUACUCGAUUUGAUGAACAUGGGUUAUCCCUCCACAAAUGACUAUGGUAGCAGGAUUAACGAAAUCUUGUCUCUUCGAAUCUUGGAGUUCUUGUUUGAUCCUACCAAGAACAUUGAUUCCACUGCUACUGUCGGUCCAAGAAUUGAGUUUGAUUUCUCCUUGACCAACACCCAUGUCCUCCAUGCCAUUCUCAAACAUAUGAACAUGCCGGAGCUGCCAAAUUUGUUCUCAAUUUGCACUGUAGUAUCAGAAUUACGACCGGGCAUGCCGGAGCUGUCAACGUUCAAUAUUCUUCCUUUUAUUGCUCACAAGAACAUGUCUUUGCCACUAUGUGCACUUGAGAAGCUGAGAGAUGUUAUUGCAAUGGAGAAUAAUCGUACAAGUGCUGCAGCUUCUCCUCCUACUGUGGACCCUGUUUAUUAUAGAGAUGAUCAUCAACCAGAGCAGCAAACGCGUACUGGUUUAGAGCAAACCAAUAAGGAUGAAGUGGUUGUCAUGGACGACGAUGAUCAUCAACCAGAGCAGCAAGCGCAUACUGGUUUAGAGCUAACCAAUAAGGAUGAAGUGGUUGUCAUGGACGACGAUGAUCAUCAACCAGAGCAGCAAGCGCAUACCGGUUUAGAGCUAACCAAUAAGGAUGAAGUGGUUGUCAUGGACGACGAUGAUCAUCAACCAGAGCAGCAAGCGCAUACUGGUUUAGAGCAAACCGAUAAGGAUGAAGUAAUUGUCGUCGAUGACGACGAUCAGGUGCAGACUACUGAGGGAGAUGAAGUAAUUGUGACCGAUGGCAAUCACACUAGUGCUCAACAACCACCACCCAUUAGCAACAACUGUAGGGAAACCUCCUCUUCUCCAAGCUCGGGUGUGCGUGUAAAAUGUACAAAAGAUGGAGCCUGGUUAAUCUGUGGGAGCGAUGAUGACUUAGAUACAGACUUGGUCAACAACAUUCCACCGAGACCGGAGAACGACUUAUGCUGGAAAUGUAAAAGACAAGGAGGAUCCUCGUUGUUGUUGACGUGCAGCAGAAGCGAGUGUGCAACAAAAGUUCAUAAAGAAUGCUUGGAUGGUGAGGCUCACUUUGACGAACACGACAACUUUCUCUGCCCUUUUUGCUGCUAUGAUCGAAUGGCCAUGGAGUACCAUGAAUGUCAGAAGUUGUUGCGUUGUGCAAAGAAAAGGCUACUGAAGUUUUUACCGUUGCUUUCUAGAGCAAGCAAGAGACUGAAAGAUGAUGGAAAGUCUUGUUAAAUAUGUGGGUAAUUAGAUAACAGGGCAAAUGUUUGUAUGCUGAUGCAAAUAUUUUGGUAUUAAUGUAUUUUGGAUCUAUUAAACUUAAUCAGACAUAAUUUUAUGUUUGCUGGUA